AUGGAUCGGAAAGAAGCUCUGGCGGUGAAACCGUCGCCUUUCCGCCGCCUAAGUUUAUUUCGUGGGAUACCGAUAAAGAGUGCUGGAGGCUGCGGCAGAGAUGGAAAUGGUGCUUGUGAUGAUUGCGGCCGGUUGUUUUUAUUGCCGUGUUUCCGGUGUAACGGAAGCUGUAAAGUGGUGAAAGGAUGGCAUAGCGCCACCGUUGCUGUGAGAUGUACCGAGUGUAACGAGAGAGAAGCUUUAAUGAGAAUGAUCUUUGAUUUUCUCUGUUUCGUUCUGUCUAUGAAAGCUGUUAGUGAAAACAGAGAAAAUCUUGUUGUCACAUAG